CGCAACUCUAAAAAACCCGCUGCCCCAUCCUGUCUCCACGACACCACCACUGCCGCAACCUAUCAUCGCACACGACACCGCAAACAUGGCGGACGACACAUCAUCGAAACGCAAAUCCGUGGCCUUCGCCGAGGGCCAGACAAUCGUCGACGGCGACGGAAACGUCACCCACGAUGCCAACGGAACGCACGACGGCGACAAGGACUCUGCCGCCACCCAUAGCAAGGAGAACGGCGAUGACCAGGCUGUCGAUGAAGUGACGGCCAUGUUCGAGGGACUGGCCAAGAAGAAGAAGAAGAAGCCAAAGAAGGAGGCCGAAGACGACGAGGCAGAGGAGAAAGCAGAGGAUGACGGCGAGGUCGAUCUGUCGGCGCUCAAGAAAAAGAAGAAGAAGAAGGUCAAGGCGCCCGCAGAUGACUUUGAGAAGCAGCUUGCAGAGGCAGGCGCUGCGGAAGGCGAGGCCGAGGAGAAGCCCUCCACGGACGCCGCCGAGAAGGGCGUGCAGGACGGCGACAUCCACGGCGGUACCGGUAUCUGGGCACACGACGAGACCAAGACAUACAACUACGAGAGCCUGCUUUCACGCUUCUUCGUCAUGCUUCACGACUCGCAUCCUGAUCUUGCUUCUAGUGGAGGCAAGAGCUACAAGAUUCCUCCACCACAGUGUCUGCGUGAAGGUAACAAGAAGACCAUCUUUGCCAACAUUGCCGAUAUCUGCAAGAGGAUGAAGCGAACAGACGAGCACGUUACACAAUUCUUGUUCGCCGAAUUGGGUACCAGCGGUUCCGUGGACGGCAGCCGAAGACUGGUUAUCAAGGGUCGUUUCCAGCAAAAGCAGAUCGAGAACGUGCUCCGUCGUUACAUUGUCGAAUACGUGACCUGCAAGACCUGCCGAUCGCCCGACACCGAGCUCAGCAAGGGAGAGAACCGUCUCUACUUCGUCACUUGCAACUCCUGUGGUUCUCGUCGUUCCGUCACUGCUAUCAAGAGCGGUUUCUCUGCCCAAGUCGGCAAGCGUAAGCGUAUGCAAGGUUAAGCGCUUACAGCACGUUGGGAGCUUUGCCUGUCAUCAUAUUCUGCUACCUCUGCUCCACUUUGGUGGCGGCUUUCCUUCGAAACCUAUGUCGGCGAUGAUCGAGUUUGCACAUCUGGUGAUUUCGAGAGCGCGAUGAGUAUCAUGAAGGAGAUGACGGCCAGGACUGGCGCACGCUGGUGGCGCACGCUGGUGGCACACGCCUCUAUGUCUGGAGGGCUGUUCGCCCACGAGACUAGCCAGCGACGCAAUUGGCAGCAUGAGGAGUAACACGAUGAGUGUGAUGACAGGUGUUUGAAGGUGUAGCGUGCAGUAUAGAGGCUGAAUAUGAGUAUGACCUGAGAUGUCCCGUUUCUGCCAAA